AUACUAUGUCUAGCAUUCAUCAUUGCCUGAUUGAUUCUCUCUCUCUCUAUAGAUAAAAAAAUUACAAGAAAUUCUUGAUUUUGAGGAGAAAGAAAAAAAAGAUGGGUAUUCGUUUCGCAUUGAAGAUUUUCCUCUUCUAUUUCCUACUCAUAAACAUUCAUGGAAAUGAUGGAGCUAGGGAGAUGAACAAGAAUGUACUAAGACUUCCAAGCAUGGAUCACCAUGCUCAUGCUCAUCCCUCGUCGCGUAUCGAUCCUUCAUCGAUGGUAUUUUUCACCUUAAAUGAUCUCAAAUUAGGAAACAAAAUCCCAAUCUAUUUUCCAAUGAAAGAUCCUUCAUCUUCUCCACCAUUAUUAUCUAAAGAAAAAGCAAAUUCGAUCCCUUUUUCAUUAAAUCAACUCCCAUAUCUCCUAAAAUACUUCUCAUUCUCUCAAAAUUCCCCACAAGCAAUAGCUAUGGAACAUACACUUAGAGAAUGCGAAAUUAAGCCCAUCAAAGGCGAAACCAAAAUUUGUGCUACUUCUUUAGAGUCCAUGCUUGAUUACGUGCACGAAACUUUCGGAUUAAAUACCGAAUUCGAUAUUCUAUCAACUACACAUUUAAUUAAAUCGAAGACCAAUUUGGAUAAUUAUACUAUCUUGCAAGAACCUAAGGAGAUACAUGUUCCGAAGAUGGUAGCUUGUCACACUAUGCCGUAUGCUUAUACGGUUUUUUACUGCCAUAGCCAAAUGACCGAGAAUAAGGUGUUUGUAGUUUCACUAGAAGGUGACAAUGGAGGAAGAGUGGAGGCUGUUGCUGUUUGUCAUAUGGAUACUUCGCAAUGGAGUCGUAAUCAUGCGUCGUUCCGUGUGCUCGGAAUCGAACCGGGAUCUUCUCAUGUAUGUCAUUUCUUUCGUGGAGAUAAUUUGGUUUAUGUUGCUACUCCUGUCAAAUAAUUAUGAACAAAGGAUUAUCGCGGUCCCUGAACUUAUGCAUUAAGCUUAAUAAAUUCAUGCUUAGCUAUUUAAAUCAAUUAAGGACAUUAUUAUCUA